AGCCUCGGUGGCCUCCCUGAGGGUGCUGGCCCCCCUCGGGCUGCCUCGCGCCUCGGGUGCCGCCAUGACAGAGGCCUCGGCGCAGGUGGCACUCCCCGACGUGGAGGCCACGGAGGCCCUCGGCGCGGCGCUGGCGCACGAGGUCCAGCGCGGGGACAUCAUUUUCCUGCGCGGCGAGCUGGGUUCGGGGAAGACGUCCCUGGCAAAGGGCUUCCUGCGUAGGUUCUUCGGCAACCCCUCGCUGGAUGUGCCCUCCCCCUCCUACCUGCUGCACUUCUCCUACUGCGACGCCGCCUGCAGCAGCGGGGCCAACCCCCCGCCCGCCGAGGCGACCGUGGUCGCCUUCUCGGCCGGCGCCAGAUCCCUGGUGCCAGGCUGCCCUGCCCACCACGUCGACCCUUACCGGCUGCCAGUCGGCAAGAUCGCGGCGUUGCUAGACUUCGAGAAGAUCUUUUCGGAGGUGGCGCUCGUGGAAUGGCCCGACCGCCUGGGCGACCAGCUUUGCACGUCCACCACGCCCGCCCGCCUGGAGGUGUUUUUCGAGGGCUUCGGGCCGCAGGGCGAGGGCCGCGUGGUGUCGCUGUCAGCGGUCGGCGAGCGGUGGCAGCGGGCCGUGGACAGGCGAGACCUUGGCCUCGGAGGCGGCGGGCCCGUCCUGUCUUGCAAAGAAGGCGGCCGUGUGGAUAUACGCAAGGAUCAGGGCCUAAGGCAGGAGACGGCGAGCGCCCCGGCUGGGGCGGACGGCGUCCGGGCAGGCGCGACCGCUCAAUGA